AGACUACUCAGCAUCAGCGUGACAAGAUUAGCAGUUACCCGGCGGGGAUAAACGGGGACAAAAUACACGGAAGAACACGGACGAACAAGGACAGACUACAUAUUCCUCUCUGACAGGUAAUGUUGGAUAUAUUUUAUCAAAUUAAAAGCCCGAAAACACGGUUUUAAGUUAAUUUAAACAACAUUAAAAACACGUGAGCGGAGAGUACAGUGCUCAUUACCGCCUCGUGCACUCGAUGCUGACGUAGCCAAUGGAUUUGAUUUCAUCAUCUUUAUGGAAACUAAUUUAAUGUCGAGUUUUAGUACGAGUUUUUUUUUUAAGUGUACGUCUUUGUGUGAUAUAUUUGUUGUUUUAGGCGUGUUCGCUAAUUUUGGUUUUAGAGGUAUUGAAGUUUUCACGAACCACAAACUACCGGUGGUUGGGCGACUUGUGAUGUUGCCUUGUUGUCAAGUGUUACUAUCAGUCAUGGCGAGCAAAGCACGCGCCUUCAGUAUCAAUGUUAAACACUUCUCUAUAUAUACAGAAUCACUCCGCUAUAAGAAGAAAUAAGGGGGGUUUCCGAUGGCGUAUUACAUAGACUUUUGAGACUUUAGAAGAGAUGUAUUAAAUCAACAGGGGCAUCAAUGGACCAGGAUUACAGCUGCGCAUGCGUACUCGAUCAAAGAGCAGCUUAGUCGUACUCUAACAUAGGUAGCACUAUUCUCCAUAACACCGCCAAACUAAAAGAUUUCGUGUAGAUAUAAAUAAAACAUUAAAAUAGUAAAACAUUACAGUUUUAAAGUCAUAUAAACCCAAGAAUUUAAACUUCGCAGGAGUGUAUUUCUGUAUUUUCCCAUCUGUUUUCAGUUCCUUUCUUAAGAAGUUAACUGAAUUAAAGUACCGAUGUAUUGGCAAGCUUUGAGGAAUCUAGCUUUUUUUCACAUUAUGAAAUGGGGGAGCUUUCCUCUGUCGCAUGUGUAACAGGUAGAAGUGAACAAUUCCAGUGAGCGGAAAUGUUCAGGAACCCACACCAUGUUUAGUAUUUGUUUCUAUUGUUUCUUUAAUGUUUGGUUGCAAAACAAUGAAUGUUCCCAUUUGACAAGACAUGAAAAGGCCCUCACAUUUUCUGCCAAAAUAAUCUUUUAUUUCUCUACCCCCCCCCCCCCCCCCCUUUUCCAUCCCUCUUUACCCUUUUAUCUCUACAGAACUCAGAUUAAACCAUGAGUAAGGACACAGAGAUCGACAUGAAGGAAGUGGAGCUCAAUGAGAUGGAUCCUGAGAAGCAGCCGAUGACAGGCGAUGGUCAGGCUGCAGCGGGAGAGAAAAACGGCAGCGUAAAGCUAAAGGUGCCUGAAGAUGAGGUCACAUUCACAGGCCUGUCUAAGGAUGAGCUGAUGAAAGUUGCUGGCACUCCAGGGUAAGGACUGCAUGAUGGAUAAGUGGUGCUUUAAACUUGUUUCUUAGAAGUACAGGAUUGAUUUCAUAAAACACGCGGUGACGUUUUUCUUCUAUUGACUGUUUCGUGUUUAGAUGGGUCCGGACACGUUGGGUGCUCCUUGUCCUGUUUUGGCUUGGCUGGGUGGGCAUGUUGGCUGGUGCCAUUGUGAUCAUCGUUCAGGCCCCUCGCUGUAAACCCAUCCCAGAUAUGAGCUGGUGGAAUGAAGGACCUCUGUACCAGAUCUCUGAUGUUGAAGCUUUCUCUGAGGGAAUGGAAGGUAGGUUAAAACUGUCAAAAGGCUUGAUUACACGUUGAACCUUUUCAACUUCUUAUAUUAGCUAAUGCUGUUGUUCCAAAAAUAGGGUCUCAUAACUAAAUCUGGGUCUGGCAACUCGCUCCCAUUCAUAGGGUUCAAGUCAUGUGACAAGGUCUUGGGUUUCCUUAAUUCUGCAUAACCUGAUUCAGCUAGCCAGAUCCCAGACUGCUGACUUUGCUGACGAUGUGUGACUCAAGUCUAAAGGACAUUAAAAGUGUACGAGUCAUGACUUUCAUAUCUCUGUUCCUCAGAUUUGAGCCAAAGGUCAGAUGACCUAGUGCAUUCUUCUGAUCAUUUGCUGAUUUAACUUUUUGUUAAUGUAACUUUUGGAUGGAAAAUUUACAUAAUUUUAUGUGUUUUUUAAGCAGUCUUCCAAAUCCCACUUUAAUGAAGCAGUUUUGGAUAUCAACCUUUUUUAUUUCUAUUUUACAAUUUUUAAAGUAGAAGUUUGAAAAGUUGCAAGGAAGUACUUAUAAUACCGCCGUUUUCAAGGAGAGUCACAAGGGGGGAACUCAGGUUUCAAGCAGGCCUUUGGCAGUCACCGCACGUGGCUUGCACAUAAAGGACUUCCUCAUGCUCAGACUGCACAUGGCCAACAGAGGGUGUGGAGGAGGUCAUUCACAUGCUCCUACCCUUACAGAUAAUCAGUUCUUUUUUUUUUUUUUUUCGACUUUGCCGCCAUCUUUCCGUCCCUCUACUCUCUCAUAACCCUGUGCCCUUGCUAGCUUUCACAUAUCAGCUCUCUGUUGUCUCUCCCCCUUGUGUGAAACUUUCACCGACUUGACAUGUAACCCUCCUUCCUUGUCCUUUCACCGGUUCUUAGGCGUUGUAGCCAAGCUGGAUGAGAUCAAUCAGUUGAAGGUGAAAGGCUUGGUCCUUGGUCCGUUUCACACUGUCCAGAAGGACCAACCAGCCACCCUGGACCUUAAAGAGAUCGAUCCAAUCCAAGGAAAGAAGGAAGCCCUGAGCGCUCUGCUGGAAAAAGCCCACAAGAAGGGUCAGUUGAAGUCUGUCACCCAUACUUGUCUUCUCAAGCCCUGAUGUUGAAUACUAAAUAGUUUUUCCUCAAUUUUCUACAUAGGUAUGUCUGUGGUGCUUGAUCUGACUCCAAACUACCCUGGACAGGCUCCCUGGUUCAGCACCGCUGCUAUUGAUGAUGAAGUUAUGGACAAAGUUAAGGUAAAAGACAGACUACAUUUUUUUUUAACCAACUUCAAAACAUGUUGAAGUGAGACUAAGUGGUUUGAAAGCUGGGUUGAUAGAAAGUAUCAAAUCCCUAUGCCGUUGCUGUGUCAGUUGUAACUCGAGUUUUAUCACGUUUUUCCUUUCAGGCAGCAGCUGAGUACUGGAUUGGUGAGGGAAUAGAUGGCAUCAAGAUAUCCGACCUUAGUUUGGCAUCGAAGUCUGUUGAGUGGUCGAAGCUGCUGGCUGCUGUCCAGGGCAAUCGCACCGACGACUCAAAGAAGAAGUAAUUAUGGCUGCUUUUUUCUCACUCCCUAAUCCAAACAGAAAUGCUCUAAAUCAUGGGGUUUCCAGUCAACCAUAGCUGUUACAGUUUCAUACAAGAUAUUUACUAAAGUUACACGAAGGGAGGUUCAACAUUGACAGACAAACUUUUAAAGUGUUUCUAAGAUUUGCAAUUCUAGUGUCUCUUGGUAAAGUAAUGUAAAAGCAGCAGUGAAAUGUCAGCAGGCUGUUUUUCUGAGAAAAGGUUGAAACUUAAAAGCAUUCCAGUGCUGCGGGGGACUAGAGAGAGGGGCAAGGGUGAGACAGACCAACAAGAAAAGCAUCCACAGACCAGUGGUAUUUUACACUCACUUGUGUUAAAGUGACACCUUGUGGACAGUUUGAGGACUGACUCAAAGUUGACUCUUUUUAAUUUCGAGAGACUGAAUCAUCCUGCAAGGAUGUGUUUCAGUGACACAUACCAAAACCCUUUAUUACACACACUUAAUUGUUCCUCUUUGCCUUUGCUGUCGAACACGAUUAAUUUGACAACCUUCUUUUUCUCCCAGGGCUGUGAUGGGUGUGGUUAAAAAUGCUUCUACUGCUGAGGUGUCUCAUCUCGCCAACGCUACUGGUGUAGAUCUGGUCCUGUCAGACCUGCUCAGCACGAAUGGAGGUAAGCUAGAGUCCCAGUCUGUUUGUCAUGCAUCAUCCUUGAUGCUUGACAAGUGAGUUAUUUCAUUGAAUACACAAAGGGUUAACAUAGGCAAUAGAAAACGAUAUGGUUAUCCACAUGAGUUGAUUCCUCAAUACCAUCCAUCAUUAAGUGCCCUGUCUCAAUCCUGAAAUAUGUCCAGUAUUACUGCGCUAUCAGGGUCCAACAGUUGUAUUGAAAACAUCAAUUCUAUUUGUGUGAAUAGGGAUUUUUUUAAAAGUAACAAAUUCACCUCAAUGUUAGCAGGUAAAGAGCGCAUCAGGGCCAUGGAUGUCCUCAACACUAUGCAGAUGAGUGUGGGCUGGGGUCUCGGUGCUGCCCAGAAGGACCACCUUUCAAGAUCUACAGAUAUGAUCCAACUGUACCAGCUUCUGCUGCUCACCAUGCCUGGAACUCCAGUGUUUACUUACGGAGAUGAGAUUGGUCUAAAUGCACAGGUAAGCCUGAAAAUUAAUUGAAUAAGAUUAAAUACAACUUCAGAGCUUCACCUCCAUGAAUUAACUUGAUUAAUUUAUUUUUAUUUACUAUCAGGGUGCAGAGUCUCCUAAAAUGGUUUGGGGCAUAGAGAAGGAACCUGAAGGUUCUCCUGCCAAUGAAACCGCCAAGGUAGGAGUAUUUUCACAGUACAUGUCAAAAAAAGGUUCAGUAAAAUUGAUCCGUGUUUGCUAAAAACUGUCCUCAAUCCCACUUUGACAGGCUGAGCGUGAGAAGCUAGUCAGUAAAAGGAACUGGUUCAAAUCCCUAAGUGAGAUGCGAGGCAAAGAGCGCUCUCUUCUCCACGGCGAUUACUACUCUCUCUACUCGGCCGACUCCUCCAUAGCUUUCCUACGUCUGUGGGACCAAAGCGACAGAUACAUCACAGCUGUCAACUGGGGAACAACAACUGAGAAGCUCACAUUUACUCUCACACCUACAGGUAAGUUAAUCUCUGAAUAAAACAUCUAACAUUGACAUUUACCGCCGUAUUUUGUCUAAUACUGCGACCUUUGUUUCUGCAGAAGGAGUAGAGCUGCCAGAGAAAGCCAAGGUGAAGCUGUCGACUGAUGAAAACUUGAAGGUGGACUCCAGCGUCAGCCUGGACAGCAUCACUUUAGGACCAGGGCAAGCUGUACUGCUGCAGUUUCCCUAUACAGGCUGAAAAUAACGCUAAACAACAGAGGGCUACGUAGAAAAAGAGUUGUUUAAAAAAGAAACUUAAGGUAGUCCUCAUCCUUUUGAAACAAAGUGACAAAGGAUACAUGAAAGUUCAUUUUACCGUAGAAAAUAGUUUUUUCAAUUUGUUUGUUUGGUCAGAAUAGAAUUGGUUGAAAGAAAAUCUACUGCACAGAGUUAAGGCAAACACAAACUCGGCUGAAGGUUUUUUUUUUUCUUUACAAAGUCCACCAUUAACUUUACUAUUGUCUCCUUUUUGUUAUGGUAAAACAUGCAGCCACCUGAGGCAUAUGCACUCGUUGGCUGAGCCUUUGUUGUCUUGACUCUACAAUAUGCGAAAUUGUAAAAGACAUUCCGUUCAUGUUUUCAGGGCAUUCCGUUAGCAGUUGGACUGUUUUUUAAGUUUUACUACAGUUUUAGACACUUAUUUAACUUUAUUUGAUUUUUUUUUUUUUUAACAAGAAGGCAUUUGCCACAAAGUAAAGAAAAAAGUCAACUUUGAAAGUGUGGACGACUUGGUUUGAGUUUUAUUUUAUUUUAGUGCUGUUGGACAAAACAGUUGAGGAUUGCAGAAAGUCCGUCGAACAAAAUGGACUAGAAUGAAUAAACAGAAAAUUCUGUACCAACUUCUGCUUGUUUGUCAUGUGUUCAGAGGGUUACAAAGUGUUUAAUGUGAGCUAAUUUCGCGG